AGAUUUGUAACUCCUAUUGACUUAGAAUUGGAAAAUGCUCAAUUUCACCGACGUGACAGAGUUCAUUCUUUUGGGGCUAACCAGCCAUCGGGAAUGGCAAGUUCUCUUCUUCAUCGUUUUUCUCAUGGUCUACAUUAUCACCAUGGUGGGCAAUAUUGGCAUGAUCAUGUUAAUCAAGGUCAGUCCUCAGCUUAACAACCCCAUGUACUUUUUUCUCAGUCAUUUGUCAUUUGUUGAUGUCUGGUUUUCUUCCAAUGUCACCCCUAAAAUGUUGGAAAACCUGUUAUCAGAUAAAAAAACGAUCUCCUAUGCCGGCUGUUUAGUACAGUGCUUCUUCUUCAUUGCUCUUGUCCAUGUGGAAAUUUUUAUUCUUGCUGCGAUGGCCUUUGAUAGAUACAUGGCAAUUGGGAAUCCUUUGCUUUAUUGCAGCAAAAUGUCAAGGGUUGUCUGUAUUCGACUGAUUUCUUUCCCUUACAUAUAUGGUUUUCUGACGAGUCUGGCAGCAACAUUAUGGACUUAUGGCUUGUACUUCUGUGGAAAAAUUGAGAUCAACCACUUCUACUGUGCUGAUCCACCUCUCGUCAAAAUGGCCUGUGCCGGGACCUUUGCAAAAGAAUAUACAAUGCUCAUAAUUGGCGGCAUUAACGUCACAUAUUCUCAGACUGUAGUUACAUUCUCUUAUUUAUUCAUUCUCAUUGCCAUUCUGCGAAUGCACUCAGCAGAAGGAAGGAGGAAGGCCUUUUCCACAUGUGGGUCCCAUCUGACAGCUGUCAUCAUAUUUUAUGGUACUCUGAUCUUCAUGUAUCUCAGACGUCCGACAGAGGAGUCUGUGGCGCAGGGGAAGAUGGUGGCUGUGUUCUAUACCACAGUGAUCCCCAUGUUGAAUCCCAUGAUCUACAGUCUGAGGAACAAGGAUGUGAAAGAGGCCAUGACAAAAGUGAUCAGCAGAUCAUGUUAAACAAAAUGAAAUCAUUGUCUUCUAUUGUUUGGAGAAAGGUUAUUGUCCAGUACCUAGAAACAUUAAGAUAAAGAUAUUCUGUGGGUUGAAAAGAAAAAUGAAAGGGAUGCAAAUUGAGAAAAUAUAAGGUAGAAUGAAUCAUUUCUGUUGUUGUGAGUAUGGAGAUUAAUUAAAUAUAAAUUAAUUAAUUAAUUAAUUGAAAUGGUGAUGUUUGCCAAAUUUCAUAUGUGUACUAAUGGAAAUGCUCAAAUUUGAAAUGAAAAGACAUUUUCUUUUUCAAAAGUGCAGUUGCAUGAAUUUAGGUCAUAUUUAUUUGCCAUUUAAAAGCAAAUUCGGGGCAGAAAAAAACUCAAAAUAUUUAAUUUGGUUUUCCAAUAUAAUGACAUAAAAUAGCUGUCUCACUAAGGCUUAUGAGAUUUUUUAUUUUUUAAUGCUUCUUUUAUUCCAUGUUGUUGGGUCUAUUCAGAGACUGCUACUUGGAAAACAGCAAUACUUUUGUAUUUCAUGCUUUUUAACUUUUUGGUGUUUCUUAAGAAACACAACAUGGUAAGUGUCUCUCUUUCACAGAUUACAGUAACUGCUGUGUUUCAAUUCUAAGACUGCCAGUCACCAGACUGUGGUUUGCCCUGGUCAGUGUCUUCACUCUGAAGAGUAGGACAAUUAGUGGAAGAUAGCGUCAUUGUAAAAGCAUGGCUCUCCAAAUUCCACAGAAUAAAUUACAUGUGGGAUAUUUGGUACACCUGUGACCAAGAUAUGGCACUUACAUAUUCUAAUCAACUUUUGCAUUUCAAAUAAAUUCCGUACUUCAGAUGCA